AUGCCCUCCGCAACACCGUCGGGGAUGAACGGCCGCUCGGUACCAUCGACGAUUUCUUUUGCUGGUUCCGACACUCCUCGACCUUCCACAGCCCAGCCUGCAGGCGCCAACAGCAACCACGUCUCAAGCACCGGCAAUUCGAGCCCCUCGACCCCGAACUCGUCCUCCUCCUCGCCGCGCGCCGACUCUCAAGUUGCGCUGUCCACCGCGAAGCCAAUCUCCAGCAGGCGAUUCUCCUCCAUCCCCCGCUUCUCUUCCCUAUCUUCCCGAUUCAGUCUCCCAAUUACCCUCCGCAGCCGGAAAAACCAUGUCGCAGACUUUCAUAUCCAGCCCCAGGAGCCUCAUAAAAAGUAUGCUGCUGGUGAGAACGUCCGCGGGUCGGUAGUUCUCGUUAUUGUGAAGCCUAUCCGCAUCACCCAUCUGACGGUCUCUCUCAACGGCUUUGCCCGCGUCCUCAAGGAACCAGCGGUCAGCGCAAGCCCACAUGCUCUCCUACCAUCCGGUGGCUCGGAGACCCCGCGGUAUCAUGGCCAUGGCUUCGCCAGCAUUUUCCAGGACGAGCAGGUGCUGAGUGGGGAUGGCAGGCUGGAGCCCGGCAAAUACGAAUUUGGGUUCAAUUUGGUAUUCCCUGAAGGAGGGCUACCAAGUAGUAUUGACUUCGAACGAGGGUCGAUUUCCUAUCUAAUUAUGGCAACACUGACCAGACCGACAUCGAUGGCGGCUACCACCUCAUGCGACAGGAAGGUUACUCUGGUUGAGAAGGUCGACAUUGGUCUCCUGGCACCGCCUCGCCCAAAGACGAUUUUUCUAGAACCUAUCUCGAAACGAGUCAAAACAAGGAAAUCAUUUGCUCCCGAGAAGGUCGUUCAGGCCACUACUCAGGAAGUGGCCAAUGAUCUUUCCUCCGAAGUUGGCUCCGUUGCUCCAUCCACUACAGCCGAAGAUUUGAAUCGUGACCGUGGGCUGGACCAGUCCGAUAUCCGUAGCGAGGUCAGCGGUGAGAGUGGCCGGAGUGCAAGCACGGGCGGUUUGAGUCGGGCAGAGCUUGCCCAGGUUGCGACGGCCAAUCAGCAAGUCGUGGAUGAAAAGACGAUUACAACAACUGUUGAGCUGCUGCGCGGGGGCUGUCUACCUGGGGACACGGUCCCUGUACGCGUCACCGUUCAACAUAUCAAGCGAAUGAAGAGCAUGGCUGGUGUCAUUGUCACUUUAUUCCGGCAGGGCAGAAUUGACUCGGCUCCUUCCCCCGAACUCUUCUCGGAAGAUAGGAAACGCGCAGAUAAGAACGAGAGUUUUCCCAAGUCUCGAACCGGACUCGGGGGCUUGUCCAUGUCCUCGUCGGGGUCCAAGAGCAUCUUCCGCAAGGAUUUGGAUCAGAACUCUGCGCCUUUAAUCAUUCACCCGGCGACGUUGCAAACUUCAGUCACAGUGUCGGUCAAAAUCCCCGAUGACUCAUUCCCCACAAUCAAGGGCGUGCCCGGGAACAUGAUUGGAUUCAAAUACCAAGUUGAAGUAAUCGUUGACUUGGGAGGCAAGUUGACUAAUCAACUUCAAGGAAAUCGGACGUCGUCCAGGGUUGGACAAGGCAACGGUUGGUUCGAGAACGGGAAUUCCUACGGUCCCAGGCGCGGAAGCUCUACCAUUAUUGAUACCUCACCUCUUCGGAGAGAAAAGGGUGUCGUCUCAAUGACGAUAGAAACCAUUGUCGGAACGGUGGAUAGUUCACGGGGAAGAGGGAAACCGCGAACACAGAGACAGAUGUCACCAUCAUCAGGGAUAGCUCACAUGGCUCAGAGCGACGAAGACGAAGCAUAUUAUACGGAACAUAGCCAACCCGAUGAAAAUCACUGGGUAUCGCCGUCGCCCUUUGCUGGCAACUACCCCCAGAAUACUAAUUUUGCUCCCCAAGCAGGCAACCAGCCUUACUACGGAGCACCGCCACCUACACUUCCCCAACAACCACACGGACCUACGGCUCCCUCACAGCCAUAUCCUUAUUCGAUGAACGGAGAAACCAAUGGUGUCGGACAUGGCCCAGCACCACAAUACAUUCCCUCACCCCAGGUUCCCGAUGAACGGAACAUGUCCGAAAAGGAGCGAAUCCAGCUAGCGGAGAAUAGGUUGCUUCCCAGCCAACCACCAGCUGCCGGCCCUUCGUCUCCGCCAGACAAUGAGGAGGAAAACAUUUACGAUGCAGAUGAAACACCACGCUUGCCUCAUGUUACUCCCAGCUUCCCAAGCGGAGGUUCGGAGGAUGGCCCAUCAGCCCCUGCAGAAGGUGAUCUACGGCCGCUCUCUCCAAGCGACCCAUCCCAAGACAAACAAGAAAUUGAGCGCGAGCGUCUGCUGGCCGAGGCGAGCGCGCCCCAAAUCCCCGAGGACAUGCAGAGACCCGAUAGCACGUCAAGACGGGAUAUGGCCCCAGACGCCGAGCCAAGCGCACCCUCGAUCACGGAAGAGGACGAAUAUCGAGGGUACGGAGUUGGGGCGGGCCCUUCCAGAGCAAGAGAUCACAGACUUCAUAACGAACAACUACCAGCAUAUGAGCGAUGA